GACGUCGAUGGUAAAUAUUAUGCUCCUGCGGUAGUGCGACACUUGAACAUGUAGGACAGUUUCUCCCCCAAAUCCUUGCGUUUUCACCACUGUCAUCUCCAGAUCUGCGGGUCAGCUAGACCCCUAGGGUGUAUAGAAGCCUCCAGGAUGGGUGUGGGGUCGGAACGAUCCUUAAGGGAGAAUUUGCGGAGCCUCUCUCGGGGCGACGUCGAGGGAGGCCCGGGGAAGGAGAGGCAGCAGGCGCGGCGGCAGGUCGACGCUUGGACCCUGAAAGUUGACAACCUCGGGAAGAUCCUCUGCGCUCUCGGCGUGGUGACGUUCUUUCCCGGGACCAUCAUGGCGGUUCUUGGGUACUACGUCGAGGGAGUGUGGAACGGCAACAUGUUUCUCAUGAUCCUGGGGCCGGCCUUGCUUCUGAUCGGGUUUUUCCUGUUCUUUCUCGGGCUCCACAUGUGGUGCGCCGACUGUUUCGAGCCCGACGACGCACUGCCGACGCCGAUACGCGCAGAAGACACGGAAGAAGACAUCGCCGUAGCCCAGGUGAAACCCGGAGUUCUCACCAACAAUAACCUACGCACUGGACCACCCAAUACAUGGUUCUCGCGUGGCGGCUCUAAGGAAGACACAGAGCCCAUCGUGAUUAACCAGUAUGGCUACAUGUCCAACAACAACGAGCUGACAUCUACACCAGCACAGGGUCAGGGGGUCUGAACAUGAUGCUCACAACCACCCAGACUGUGUUCGUAGUUAAGCCUCUACCAGGCUUCAGAAGA